AUGAAUUUUGACCGUAUUUUAGACCUCAGAGGUCUGGUCUCCUUCUUCAACAUUGCUAUAUCGUUUUUCUUCUUUUCUACAAUACGGAUAACGACCUCAACUUGCUUAAAUCGACGAGAUCCAGUCCAGAAGAAGGAUCUAGCACUGGAGAAAGUGCUCAACAAACUGAACAAGCAACACCUGUCGCAGCAGGAAGCCCUCAUUUUAAACGAGGCCGCGGAGUUUGGAAUUCAACGUUACAGUGGUGGCAUUAAGAUUAUAAAACUUAGAAGAAUUCUAGACUACGCGAAAAAUACCCGGUCGCCUUCUUUAGUGCUUUACAAGCUACAUGUUUUUGUAUCAGAUUGA